GUCCUGAAUUACUGGAAGGGGUGUGUCAAUGAUCUUCUGAGCCAUUUUCACCACUCUUUGCAGGGCUUUCUUGUCUUGUGUGGAGCAGAUGCAGUACCAAUUGUAAUACAACCUGUGAAGAUGGACUCCGCAGUUCACCUGUAGAAACUGGUAUGGACUGGUUCCACUGCAAUAUGUGCUUCCUAAAUCAGAAUGAACCCUUCCAUAUCACCAGUUGCGGGCACUUACUCUGCCAGAAGUGCAUCUCACAAGAUAAAUGCAGCGUCUGCAAAAGAGCCUGCAGAUACCUGUCCCUAUCAGAUAAUAUGAAACCUCAGGAGAAGAUAUAUUUCAGAAACCACAAACAGUUAGCUCAGAAGUACUUUGAACAAUUUGCUCAGGUGUCAAGCUUCCAAAAGCAGCAGUUUGAACUCCAAAUGGCCUUUUAUAAACAUUACCUUUGUAAGACUCAGCGUGCUUUGCAAGAUGCUCUUCGGAAGGUCGACAGUCAAGAAAGUGAGUUGAAAUCUAUGAAAAAAGACAAUGCAGAACUCAGGACUCUGGUUAGUGCCCUUAAGGGUUCGCUGAGCAGAUCACAAAACAAUAACAGGUUAUGCACACCUCGACCUGUUGCCAUCACCUCUCCUACUCAGACAGUUACACCUCAGCAGAGCAACCUUGAUACAAGCCGAUCGUCCUCAUUGGAAUCACUGCUACGUGGACUAUCACGGUCAGGAGGACAGAGUCAGCCAGUAUCAGCAGGCAGAGUACAGGAAAGAACCACACCAGUAUCCAGUUACGGAUCUCCAAUGUCUACAAGCAGUGUCUCCCAUCGUGUAUCUUCACAGUCAUCUUCUGUACUAAAUCGCCCUGUUUUGGAAGGACUCACUAAUGUAUCCAGAGAUCAUAGUCAAACCCAGCUUAACAAUAACUCUCCUCGACUACUCUCAGCAGGUGGUUUGAUGGAAUCCUGUUUGACACCAAGCAACAGUACUGACCGACUCAGAGCAAUCCGGCUAAGCUUCACUCCAAGGACUCCAGGCUCUUAUUCCUCUGGAGCAUUCUCCAACACAAAGAAUUAAAAAGGAGAGCGGUUCAGAUCAACACUCCAAACCCAGGGAAUCCCUGCUGUGAAUGACAUGACUAAUAAAGUUUAACAGUGCCUCAA